AUGGUUGUUAGAUCGUACAAAAGUACUCAUUCUUGCUACCCUACAGGAAACGUUGCUCUCUACACUGCUCCAAAGAUAGCUGCUGAUUUUCUAAAUGAGUUUAGGACAAACCCGAACCUCAAAGCUGACCAAAUAAUGCAGCGGUUGGCUCUUAAAGGUCUUCGUGUUCCUAAGACAAAAUGUCAGAGUGCAAGGCAAAUGAUGUUGCACAUUAUCAGUGAUGAGUAUGCUGAGCAGUUUACAAGGAUGUAUGACUAUGUUGAAGAACUCAAGAAGACAAAUCCUGGUUCAACGGUCAUAUUAGGUACAAAAGAGAGAGUUUUUGAGAAGUUUUAUACUUGUUUCGAGUCUCAAAAAACUGGUUGGAAGAGUGCUUGUCGGCGUAUCAUUCACUUGGAUGGAACAUUUUUAAAAGGCCGAAUGAAAGGGCAAUUACUGACUGCAGUAGGAAGGGAUCCGAAUAACCAAAUGUUCAUCAUUGCUUGGGCUCUUGUUCCUGUGGAAAACAAGGUGUAUUGGGAGUGGUUCAUGGAGCUACUGCGAGAAGACUUAGGUUUAGAUCUUGGAAAUGGUUUAGCAUUAUCUUCGGACCAGCAAAAAGGUUUGAUACAUGCCAUCAAAAACGUGGUUCCUUAUGCGGAGCAUAGAAUGUGUGCGAGGCAUAUCUUUGCCAACUUGAAGAAAAGGCACGGCUCAGUUGAUCCUCUGCAUAAGCUAUUUUGGAAGUGUGCAAGAGCUUACAAUAAGCAUGUCUUUGAGAGAAAUCUAGAGAAGAUGAAGACAGUUAAACUUGAUGCAUAUGAGGAAGUGAAAAGGAGCGUGAAGUCAAACUGGUCUAGGGCAUUUUUCAGUGACGUUACAAAGUCUCCAGCUGUUGAAAACAAUAUUAGCGAGUCUUACAAUGCUAUCUUGAAAGAAGCUCGUCGAAAACCAAUCAUUGCAUUGCUUGAAGACAUUAGGAGGCAUAUUAUGUCAAGCAACAAUGUGAAGAUCAACGAGAUGAAUAAUUUUAAGGGAUUGAUCACACCAAAAGCAUUAGCUAUAAUAGAGAAGCGCAAGAGGAGCCUGAAAUGGUGUCAUCCAUAUCCAAAUGGCAGAGGCAUUUAUGAGGUUGAUCAUGGAAGAAACAAGUAUGUUGUUGGAGUUAGAGACAAGAUUUGCUGCACUUGUCGGGCCUAUGACGUAAGUGGCAUUCCUUGCUGCCACAUCAUGUCUGCAAUGUAUGCUGAAUAUAAAGACACAAGAUUACCUGAGACUGUUGUUUCAGACUGGUAUACUGUUGAGAAGUGGAAGCUCUGCUACAACUCCCUUCUUUUUCCUGUCAAUGGGAUGGAGUUAUGGGAUAAACAUUCUGAUGUUAUUGUCAUGCCUCCUCCAGACAGAAUAAUGCCAGGUAGACCUAAAAAUAAUGACAGAAUCCGUGAUCCAAGUGAAAGAACAGGUUGUGAACCAAGUCAAACUCAAGAUGAGCCAACAGAAACACCUUCAGAAAAAAUUGUUGUGAAAUGUUCUAACUGCGGAGAAUCUGGACACAACAAAAGAACGUGCAAGCAACCACCGGUCAAUCCCCCCAAUCCACCCAAACCAUCUUCAGAAUUUCCUUCCUUUCAUGCCAACAUUGUAAUGACAUGUAGUAACUGUCGUCAAACUGGACACAACAAACGCAAUUGUAAGCUACCUCAUGUGCCCAAGCCACCAAAUAUGCGAGCAGGAAGACCAUCUAAGAAACAGAAGACAACCACUCAACUUGGCGAGUCAACCGAAGUAGGAGAAACAACAACUGAAGUUGGAGAACCAACCAUUGAACUUGGCUCGUCUUAG